AUGAAUUCUGAGUACCACAAGGGCAAGGCUUUGUUGGACAGUUUAACCGUUCUAGAGGAGUUAACUAAGACAACAACAUUAAUCGGUCCCACUAAAGAACAGGGGAACAGUGAUACGACGGAUAACCCGCAUCAACUUUUACAAGACCUAAAGGAAAACUGGAACUCAAUUGAUCCGAGGGUUGAAUGGGGAUUAAAGCAACUACCUAGCAAUUUGCGUACAAUAGAACGCUUUGAACAGGAAGACAUGGUGUCCAUUCCCCUACAAUCUAACGCUAAAUUCCUUUUACGACGGGUUUCAAUUUCAGUUAGAAAUUCAACGACUAAAAAACUCACUUUGCACGAUACGUAUUUGUGUGGAAGUUGGAAUGCUUUAAAGAUACCACGUCAACGAUUGUCUUUAGCUUCGAAAGAACUUCUUGAAAGAAUAUUUCUUGUGAAACAGUCUCCUAAUCGUGAAGAGAGGGGGUUGAUUGCUGAAAAAUGUGGUGUGUCUCCAUUGCAAAUUAGGGUAUGGUUCACAAACAAACGGAUGAGAAGUAAAAGACAGUAA